AUGAAAUUUGAAUUUUUACCAAAUGAAAUAUUAUUUCAAUGUUUUCAAUAUCUCAAUAUACCAGAUGUAUUUUAUUCAUUUGAUCAAUUAAAUCUUCGUUUUUCUAAACUUAUUCGAGAUACUUCAUUAUAUUUAAAUUUUUCUCAAAUGAAAAAAUCUUUAUUCAAUCAUUUUUGUCGAAUCAUUCUAUUAAAUCCUGAAAUAAAACAAAAAAUUAUCUAUUUACAAUUAUCAAAUGAUGGAACAAAUGGUCAAAUUGAAAAAUUUCUUUCCUUAUUUUCAUUAAAUACAUUUCUUAAUCUUCGAUCAUUAUCUUUAAUUGAUUUAAAGGAAAAUAAUAUUAAACAAUUAUUAUCGAUAUUACCAUUUUUAUCUAAUUUAUAUUCUUUUUCAUUUACUGGUACAAAUAUUGAAACAUUAAAAAUAAUAUCCUCAAUAUCAAAAUCAAAGUUACGAAUAUUAACAGUACCUCGUUUGGAUUUUGAAUCAAUAUCUAUUAAUCAAACAAUAGGAAUAACAUCAUUGACCAUAACUGAAUCUAAGAUCGAUAAUUUUCAGUUAUUUAAAUUAUUUGAAUAUGCACCAAUGUUAAAAUAUUUAAAUAUUCAAACAUUAGUAAAUUCAGAGAUGAAUAACUACAAGGAAUUGAAAAAAAAUGCUAAUUAUUUAAAAGAAUUUAUUAUAAAUGAUUGUAAAGUUAUAUUUGGACAUCUUAUAUUAUUAUUAAAAUAUACGCCAAAUUUAAAAAUAUUUUCAAUAUUUAUUAUGAGUGAUAUCUAUAUGUCUGAUGGUAUUCAUUGGCAAAAACUUAUUGAAUCUUCAUUAAAAUAUUUGACUAUUUUCAAAUUCUAUUUUCAAGAGAAGAAAUCUGAAGAUCUAAUGGAAAAAUUGAACAAAUUUCAACAAUUUCAAAAUGAUUUUUGGCAUAAACAACAUCAAUGGUAUACUAAUUUAGAAAUUUAUACUCAUACUUCAACAAUUUCUACAAUUCCAUAUGAAAAAGAUAAUUAUGAAUUAACAUGUAAUACGAAUAAACAUGGUUAUCUAUGGAAGAAAAAUUCGAAUGUAUUUGAUAAUGUUAAAACAUUAACUUUAACACCAAGACUAGUUGCAACGAAUUGGAAAUGUUAUUUCAAAAAUGUUGAAUCAUUAAUAUUAAAACGUCAUUCAGAUGAAAGCUAUGAUAACGAUAAAGAUAAAAAAAAUAUAAUAUCAACAGAAAUCAAAUUAUUUCGUACAAUUAUUAAUUUAUCAAAUAUCAAACAUUUAACAAUUGAUGGACAAUUUUAUUUGACUUCAUCAUUAUUGCUAGAUUUAUUAAAAGAAUUACCGAAUGUUUCAUCACUAAAAAUCGAUGAACAUCAGUUGAUGAAGAUUUUCGAUACUAUUGAAUUACGUAAUUAUUUAAAUAAAAAUAUUAAAAAAUUAGAGAUUUUUUCUCCUACAUGUUUCGAUGAAAGACUAUUUUUAAAUAAAAUUAAUCUAUUAUUUUCUCAAGUAUUUCCAAAUAUCGAACAAUUUACAUGUGAUUAUAUGAAACAGGUUGAUGAUUUAUUAGUAAUAUUAAAAGAAUGUUCAAAAUUAUCAGUAAUAAAGUGCAAAGCGAUUAGUAAAUCUGUAAAUUCAUGGAUUCAAAUUAAUGCAUCAAAAUUAGAUGUAUAUCUUGAUUUUAAAGAAGUUGAUGAUGAAACUGAUGACGAUGAAUAUGACUAUGACGAUGAUGAAGAUGAAUCUGAUUAUGAUGAUGAUGAUGAUGAAGAUGAAUCUGACUAUGACGAUGAAGAUGAAUCUGAUUAUGAUGAUGAUGAUGAUGAAGAUGAAUCUGACUAUGACGAUGAAGAUGAUUAUGACUAUGAUGAAGAACAAAAACGACGAAGUUUAUUAAAUGGAGAUUUAAUCUGA